AUGUGCGCGUGUACGCGUGUGCUACGCAGGCUGGGGCGCGCGGUGCGCGUGCGCGGGCAUGCGGGCUGGGCGGGGCGCGCGCGCACGAGCUACGACGCGCACGCGCCAGUCGACUGCCGCCAGCAGCCCGACCACCGCUCGCCGCCGCCGGACGAACGCACGCCCGCCAUCUACGACGGACGCGAGCAGGUAUUAUAUUGGUCUGAUUCAACGGAUGAGAUAGCAUUCAUUGUGCCUUCUGGAUACGAGAUCGCCGACACCGAGGACAGACUAAGCCAGAGCGACAGUCUCAAGUCUUACGUUGAUGGGCCCUGCCUCUCCACUUGCAGCUCCAAGGGUUCGGAGAGGGGGGGCGAGAGCGUACCACCAGGUGGUGUGGGCGGGCAGUACUUGCGCAGCUGCAGCGAGUCGGAACGCGGCGAAAUACGAGCUCCGCUUGCAGACAGUGCGCGCGCGCUCUCACUGGAUCUCGACAAGCAGCCGGACAAAAUCCAAGAUAAGCAGCACUCACUCACAGGCAGUGGAAGAAGAAAUAGAGACUUCACUCCAAAAAUUCUCAUUAUAUGGUUGGAAGAUUUUGAAGAUCAUCUGAAUUUACCAAUCGACGAGCUCCUGCGGUACUGCGAGACGGGGUUGCCGUGGCGACGGCAGGAAGUGAACGUGGUGUGCGUGAGCGCGAUCCGCAGCGGGCUGGUGCGAGUGCACGUGGGUGUGCCCGCCGGUGUUUUGGCCGACGGAGCGCUGCUGGCGCCGCGCGCGCUGCCCGCCUGCCUCCGCCGAGCCGCCACGCACUUGGCGCGUCGCAGCAGGCUUCAGGCUGAGCUAUACCAACCGCCACACGUGCGGCGACGUCACAUGAUCCAAGAGAUUGUGCAACAAUACAAGAAGGAUUUAUCAGAGCCGGAGCUACUCGAAUCGUUAUUUCGUCCGCCUUAA